AUGAAUCAAUACUUCAGGCAUAUUCCAUUCACCGAGUCAGUCCAUAACGACAAAACAAAAUUCAUGACUUCUUUCAUCCCAAAUCGCCUUCUUUUUGUAUGCGGCAGAUCAGUCAUUCAAAACGAAGAGUAUGAGGAUGUGAUAUUUAUUGUACACUUCCCAUUCUUUGUGGAAAAAGUCGACGGAUACAACGCGUCACUUGUCAUGACAUUAUCAAUGAACUUUCCAAUCAUCUCGACUUCACUUACAAAAAAUCACUUUUUCUUCGAGACCCUCUAUGACUCUCUCAACUUACUUAUUUAUAGAUUCUAUGUCUUGCACUUUUCGUCACAAAACGCACUCAACUACUUGACAGAAUCCAUCGCAAAUCUCGUCGACUCGCUCGAAAAAACGUUCCUGACACUUUCAUUCCCGAAACCCGAACUUGUGAAUAUCGAGCAGUUCAUUGCAAAGUCACCAAAAUCGAAGCAGUUCAAAGAUAACACCGCAUUCAUCGCAAGUGCAAUUUCAGCACACGUUCAGACAUACACAACUAUUUGUUUGACGAGUAGCGGACUGUGUGCAAGUGCAUUCAUGCACCUCUUCGAACCGUUUGAUACCCCAGUCUUUGCUGGACACUUCUAUCCUAUUAUGUUUUAUCCUAUCGUCCUCGAAACACCGUCGUCACUCUUUUCAGUCGUGUUCACACCAGAGCUUACACCAGAACAGUAUGUGUAUUUCCCGUUCCCUUUCUGUGUUAUAGACCCCGCACAAAGGACAGUUCAGAUAUGUAACAAACUUUCACUUCCAAUGCAUUUUGACCAAAGAGCAGUAGAAAUUACACGGUGGAUGUUCUCCACACUGAGACUGGAUGUCUCAUUAAGGAGAAUUCGACAAGCCUUUGCCCCAGAAGGAUCAUACGAUUCCAUCAUCAGAUCAUCAAAACUAUCGACAUACUUACAACAAAGACUGGUCGGAUUUUUUAAACUCGACUUGCACAGACAAAAAAUGGUAUUAUUGAAAUUGUCGGAAGAGCUUGGAAUGAGAGGAGACAUCUUUGUGAAAUCAGUGGAGUAUGGAGACGUCGAUUUGGAUGUGAACUUGGAGUGGAUCAGAUCAUUCCAAGAGGUGUACGGGUGUGAUAUGGAAGGUUUUAUACUUGUGCUGUCUUCUCUAAAACUGAUGCACCCAGUGCUCAUCUCGACAACACUGUGGAUGAUCCAAAAAAAUUUUGACGAUAUACGUGUGAAUUUUUCUUGA